CGGACAAUUUUGGUAGGUCUGACGAUGGCAGCAUUUGUAGAAGAAAAUCCCUCCACUUGUUACAAGCUUUGAUGUUACCACGUGACAAGUUCGCCUAGGCAUAGUUUUGACAAAACACCUUUUAGUGGCUCACUCCAAACGUAGUCGAGGACUGCGAAGUGCGCUCCGCUAGUGGCCGGGCUUUGUUUGGGCGUUACUCCACAGCUAUCCGGAACAACACUUGUGGACUCUUGGCCUCGGAAUUAGCCAACUUUAGCCUUGCCCAUCUGAUAAUGUUCUCAUGUGCACCGCCAGCAGUAAGUCAGAAACAUUCGAACACAAUGUUCGGUGUCACAAGUGGUGGAUACGGCACUCACGUGCGGAAUUACAGACUUUUUAAAUUAAAAAGCACCAUUAUAGUCUUAUUUGCACUACCGAUUUUAUCCUGGUGUUAUGUUUGAAAACAAAUGUUUUUGUUCGAAAGCAAAGUCUGAGGAUCCCGCCCUUGUCUGCAGGUGCGCGGCUUCCCGUGAGCGGGCCAGUGUAAACACGGGGGCUGAGCUUACGCACACGCAUUGUCCCAUCUACUCCACAUGCCCGGCUUGGCUAUGGUUGUUGGCCUUCUGAACUCAACCAGGUGUGGCGACUGAACCACUGACAUACACCUGUACAACACGGGCUUUAUUCGAUGUCGAGAAAGGCCUUUCUUGCUGCGUGCAGGCCGCAUCGGGCUGAUUGUUGUACAGACACGCCCUGCACACAUACAACACGGCCUCUCGUUACAAAAACCUGCGGCUUAUCCUGUUGCCUGACAGUAAAGCACCGGGGACCGCACGCUCACUGACAACUAUGGCACGUACAUAGCACAAAGUGCUUUCUUAUUAAUCAGAUCGGUAACCACGGAGUUAGCUGGUUAAAGUCCGCUCAAUCACGGCAAGUGCUACAGUUAAUAAGUUUGCUCAAUAUGACGAGGGUCUGUGACGGCUAGCAACCGACCGCUGCGGCGGAAUUUGCACGGGACGUUGUACACCUCCAUUGGAACACUAAAGUGCGAUGAUGGAAAGGAUAAGGGGCAGAAACAAAGGCGCUGUUUGCUCAGCGCAAGACGAAUCGGUUGUCGGUAAGCAGCUAAUGUAUGUUUUGCCCUCUGAAGUGAAUUGGACCGUCAGCAAGCCUGCGCACAGUACGUAGGUAAGUUACAGUAGAUCGAACUGUGUCUUAGCAACGGGCCGCGGACAGAUCAAUUCUCACCACUGAAGGGUCGACACCUGCGACAAAAUGAAGAUUUUCGUGGCUUUCGGGGGGCACCGAUUGUCUGUCAGGAUCAAACCGGGACUGACGAAGGCCAAAGCCAUCAAGGACAUGAUCAGGUACAAGUUUGACGUGUCGCCGACAGAGCAGGUUGUCAUCUUGUCUUUCGCCGGGUCAUCGCUGCAGGACGAGUGGGUUCUGACAGACAUCGGCGUCAGCCAGGCCUCUACCCUCAAGUGUACAGUCAAGGACGUGGACAGACCGAUCCUGUUCAUCCACUCCGUCUAUAACGGACAAACUAUCGUUAUUCUGGACGACGAGAACGUCAAACUUUACGGGACAACUGUCGGCGAACUUCGGGGACUCGUUUCCAAAAAAUGUGGUCUACCUAUCACCACUUUCCGCUUGACGAAAGACGGGGUCGGUAUGUAUGACUGCAACACUUUAGAUCAAUACAAUGUAGAGAUCGGAACUACGUUAAGACUGGAGACUUGGAAUGGCUGGAAUGACUUUCUAAAGGCCGCCGCGGACGGGAACCAGUCACUGGUUAGCCUCUACACCUCGUCGAGACCGACCGUUGCUAGGUUCCAAAACCGCGUCGCCAUGUUUAUUGCGGCGCACUUCGGACACAGCUCGCUCGCCAAGCAGUUAAUCCGGACCGGGACGCGUCCGGACGACCCUGUCGGAGAGCACCCUGCGCGGCAGUGGUGCCACACGCUGUCUCACAUCGAGAGGCUCAAGACGCCUGUGCACGAGGCGGCAGAGUUCGGGCAGUUGACAGUUCUGCGGGUCUUCCUGUUCUACGACUUCUCCUGCGUCACACAACCAGACGGCCAUGGGCUCCUCCCGCUGUCAUACUCCCUCAGGAACAAGCACAAGGAGUGCGCGUUGUUUCUGUUGAACAAGAUCAGCGUGAUUCUGAACUGUCACGGGUCGGGCAUGGUCUGCUCCAUGAACAUCUACAGAAAGAUGCGGCGAUGGGCGAACCGAGCGAGGACACGUGUUUGCCUGCUGAACGGCGUUGGCGGUGCAUUGUACCAGCGGAACCAGGACGUGUUCAAGGAGAGAGGCCUCGUAGGACAGGGUGUUAUCGUUGACGGGUUCGGCAGAAGUGAGAGGAGCGCCGUGCCAAGGUCCAAGAUGCCGCGUACUCCUGCCGACACGCUCAGGAUCGGGAUGAAUAACGUGAAAAACGUACUUGUCAUCACACCAACCAAUGGGAAAAGGCCUCGACAGGAGGGAGGUCGCUGGAAGAAGACAGGGGCGUCGAGACUCGGCGCAGGUGCGUGUAAAGAUUUCGGACCGCAUAAAGAGAAGUCAUCGCUACACUUAAGCUUACCGGGUAUCAAAAGUAGAAAGUGGAGCUCGUCUGUCAGAGGCAGCUUCAGCUCACAGAAGAGCGUUGACUGUACGGAAGUCGCCGGAGAAAGUAAAACCUUCAACGGUAACUCUCCGACCAGACUGGCGCUCCCCUCCCUUGGCCUCGACGUGACCCGCACAAACUCACGGCUGUCAGGACAGUCCACGGGUCUGCGUACGCCAAGGAGCGAAGCUCUACAAGGAAGAGAUGCUCCAAAUGUCGGAGAUCUCGUGUUCGGGAAGCCCGAGGGCAGCCACCCGGUAGUUAGGUCACGGGCCUCGCGACAGCCGCCUGAGGAUUCUCCCAGGAGGAAGACCAAACAGCCGAGUGUCAUACACCAGCUGCCGCCCAUAGCCUGCCACACCAACACGGAGUUAUCCAAGGCCUUCCGUAAUGCAUUCAGGACGAUUGAUUCCCACGAAGACGCCAAGGGCUGUUUCCAGGUCGCCGCCUCCUUUAAAGAAAUGCCUUUCCUAAAACAGAUGAAACUAGCCGCGCGCCUGACCAAACAAAGCGUCAAGAAUCAAAACUCAAUAUUACAGAAGGGCGAGGUCAGGUAGCAGACACUUUCCCGCUACCGGGGGCUGAUUGAGCUCACCGAGACCUCCGGUGUUCAUUCACCUCUAUCUCGAGAGAACCCUUUCUUAGAGUCAUCAAUAGAAGCAUCUAUAGGGGCUAUGAAAAUCAAGCCAAGAAUCUCCUGUCACUAUGGAAACCGCUUAUCCUCCACCACCAUGGUAAUAGACAGUUAUCAGCCCGACAAUAAUCGGUUCAUUUUAGCACAUAUGCAUAAAUUGACCAGUGGAGGGGCUGCGUGACUUAGCUAGGUAGCAGACCGCGUCACUCUAAAUCUGUACCGCGAACGCAAAGUCAUCCCUCGACUUAAGAAAUCCAUAACGUGACGAUGUAUUCUAUCGUCGAGACAAUCGUGUCCCGGGAGUGAUAAAGAUUAGGACAUGAAGAUGUGUGGUUGGUAGAACGGCUAACAACGUUGUCAAUCUUCACCACAUGUUCUAUGAUGUGUGUUGUUGCAUCUCGGGGUAAAUAUACAGCCGGGCUGUCGUAUCCACACAAGCCUGUAUGAAUAUCAGCAACAAAUCUUAAAAUGUAUGUUUAUUUUUCUAAAUUCUCCAUCAACGUCGAUUUGUGUUUUGAAGUGCCAAUUAAAUCAUUGAAUGGA